CAUUAUUGUCCUCAGGGUUUCGAUGGCGCUGGACCGAGCUAGAGCCGUUUCACGAUCGAUUAUGAUGGAGCUGCUCUGACGGCCAGAACCGGUCCGCACUGGCUAUAUAGACGGCAGACUCGCUCGGUUUUUCUUCAAUCUUUCUUCAGUACACAGGAUUGUCCGACUCUUUCUCCUUCCUUUCUACAUUCUCUUCCACUCCACCGGUCUGUGACCGUCACAUUCUUUCCACACCACUUCCAUUCCUUCUCCAUCGGUAUACUGGUAUACCGGUCCUUUCGCUGUCUUUUCCUUCAGAUAUUUGACUAUCACCAAAACAAACAACAUGAAGACCACCGGCUCCGUCCUUGCCCUUGCCGGGCUCGUCUCCCUGGUCCACGGCCACGGUUUCGUCACCUCUCCCAACCCCCGUCUUCCCGGCUCCGCUAUGGAGGCCGCUUGUGGCCAGCAGGUGUACGACAACCAGGAGUCCAACAAGUACGGCAACAUCCAGAACAUGCUGCAGGUUGCUGCCGACCAGAGCGACUACAACGCCACCGCAUGUGACAUCUGGCUGUGCAAGGGUUACAAGUUCGCCGACAACAAGGACAACGUCUACUCGUACAAGCCCGGUGAGGUCGUCGACUUUGUCGUCGACAUUAUGGCCCCCCACACCGGUACCGCCAACGUCUCCGUCGUCCAGACCUCCACCGACACCGUCAUUGGCUCCCCUCUGAUCUACUGGAGCGUGUACGCCUCCACGGCCACCGGUGUCACCAAGAACGAGACCAACUUCAGCGUCACCAUCCCCGACGACCUGGGUGACAAGUGUGCCACCGGCGGUGACUGUGUGCUCCAGUGGUGGUGGAACGCCGCUUCCAUCAACCAGACCUACGAGUCUUGCGUUGACUUCACCGUCUCCGGCUCCGCUUCCUCCUCUUCGUCCUCGGAUGCUUCCACCUCCAGCGCCGCUGCCGUCAGCGAGCCCACCACCACCAACGCUGCCGCCACCGUCUCCACCCCUGACACCGCCAACAACAUCGCCCCGGCCUCCUCCAGCGCUCCCACCACCCUGGCCACCAGCAUCAAGCAGGCUGCUACCACCACCCCCGCUGCCGUUGCUGUUGCUGUUGCCACCGCCUCGGCCUCGGCCUCCAGCGUGGCCAUCCCCACCGACGGCACCUCCGAGGAGCAGCUCACCUGGGUUGCCAGCCUGCUGAAGGCUCUCCUCAAGUACGCUAACUAAAGCGUGGAUGUUAACUGUGC